UCAAAUAUUUGCUUGCCAGACUGAACGGCCGUUAGUUGUUACUUGCUUCUCCCGCCACUGUCUGUACUGUAAACCAACAUGACCACGCUAUUUGCUCAUGCAUCCAAAAUCUCUUCUUUUCAACUCUCCCUUUUCCUCUUCAAGUCAUAACCACCAGGUAAGUAAACUACUUUCUCUUUCGUAUGCACAACUUGGUGAAUGGAAUUCAUGCUCAUGUUUUUCUCUAUAUUUAUGCCUCUCACUGUGUAGAAGUUCAACUCGGUUUUAUCAAAAUUCUGAACACAGUCAAAGAGGAGCUGCAGAAGCUUGUUGUUGAAAAUGUCCUUGCUUUCAAUGAGGGUUUUUGGAUACGACUUGCAGCUCGAACUGAUUCGGGCAAAUCAGAGGAUGAUAAGGCAUAAAGAUUAGGAGGAGUUGGCAAUAUCUGUGAUGAGUAUGGUGGAUCUUCUGGUCCAUAAGACCAGUGAAAGGAUCGAGUCAGCUACUGAUAUUCUCAAGGCAAUUUUGAACCCAUAGUUGAUGGAGAGGAAGAGAUUCACUGGCUUCCUAGAGAUCCAGAGGCUCUCAAACUAACGGAGAGAUAUGAUUCAAAGGGAGCGAGAAGGGCAACUAGACGAAGGGCUCCUUUCAGAAGUUAGUGCACAACUACCACAAGCAAAAGAAGACGGGGACACGCCAGGGCUUGAGGCCAUGUUGCUAAAGGUUCUGCAACUCUAUGCUUCCAGUAUUCUCUCCAAACGUCGUUAUGCAAACAAAGUAGAGGAAGUUUUGAAGGCUGGGCAGUUUCUGGAGACUAUAAUCAGAGCUCCUGAAGAAAAAUGGAACAAGAUUUUGCUCAAUGGAAUGACUGUUGGCAAAGGGGGAAUUUCUCCUGAGGAACACUUUGCGAGGACAUUGAUCCGAACAGAAGGAGGGUCAUACCAGCAAUGCAUUCUGAUCGAGUAUCUCAAGGGCAUUCAAUCAAGAGCAGAAGAGAUUGUCCAAGUACUUCAGGGCAAGCCAUGAUAGCACAAACAGAGUUCUGAAUAUAGAUUCCGUAACGGUAAAGGAUCGAUAACGCAGAAACUGGAAAGAAUUUUUUCCCUCAAUCUGAAACAAAGAAAGGCAACCACAGAGUAACUGAAAACGGAGAUGCAUAGUACGUGCUGUUUUGAUUGCGUGCAGAAGAGCUAGCUAGCUGAUUAUCUUCUACAGCCCCCGGAUAUUUUUCCUGUCAACCAGAUUUAUAUAGCAUCAAUGAUUCUUCCCUCUCAAUCAAAAUAUGUACACCUUUUGUGUUGAUGGAAGCCAAUGCACUGCCAGACCGCCGAGUCUAUACAAUCUCCUGUUGACAGCUAAAGCGUGCGCUUAAAACGGCUUCAGAUAAAUAGCAAGGAAUGGCGAGGAUUUAAUACCAGAAACACUGCCAGAGGGUUUCUGGCUUAGUUUUAAUCAAUCCCCUGUCAUUUGUUUA